GAGUGCCCCAGCGGAGCGGAGCGGAGCGGGGCUGGGCUGGGCUGGGCGCCACCCCGCGACGGAGGGGGUAGAGGGCGCCGCGCCGCGAUCAAUACGCCACUUAGGGAGGGCGAACGCUCGUUUUGGUCGGACGUGGUGCGUGAGACACGUUUCCUCUGGCUGCUGCGUCCGAGGCCGGAACCUGGAACUGACGAGUCGAGUGCGACGCGUUCUCGUCUGUCUCCCCAAGACGCCCCGACGUCCAUCGCCUACGAGUCGCGCCCGCCUCCGGCAUGAUGCGACACAGCGGAGCCCUCGCUGCCUCCGUACUGGCGCUCAACCUCAACAUUGUUGCCACGGCGGGUGUCAUAUUCUGCGAGGAUUCAAUGGCGUGCGUCAACCUACCGGGCUACACGUGCAAGAACGACCGUUGCGUCUGCGAGCCCAGCCACUCGGGACUCUUCCCCUGCGUAGCGAACGAGUACGGGGAGAAGUGCCGCAGCAACGAGGACUGUCUGCGCAUCGACGAGCACAUGGAGUGCAGCGCGUCCGAGGCGCGCACGUGCCGCUGCCAGCGCGGCCUCCUCUGGGAUGAGGCGUCGCGGCGCUGCUACCUGCUCGACGACACCAGCUUCUACACGAGAUCUUUUGAUCCUGUUCGAGACCUCAUCAUACCUGGUAUCAUCGUGAUGACCAUAGGAGCAAUGCGGGAAGCUGUGGCGGCGGCGGCGGAGGCGGCCCGAUCUGCCGCGUGACCUCGAGGAGUCGCACGGGCAGCCCGCCACGUGGGUGGCCUCCUACAGAGGUACAUCCACCAAGUGCUUUAUAUCUAACGAUGAAUCUCAGCUCUUUUCAAGCACUUACAUGUGUCCUCUGUUGAGCUGCGGCUUUUCAUCUGCGUUGAAGGCUUCUAUUAAGUCUAUUCAAAACUUUACAAAUGAAAUUACUUUUUUCAUAAA